CUUUUCUCCUUGUUUCUACUUCUUUCCCCUCUCUCCCUUCUUAUUCUACUCAUUCUCCUCUUGGGUAUCGCUCUUCCCUCAACUAGAAAUGAUCAUGAAGUGGAGGAAGGUUCCUUACAAUGGAAUCUACCCUUGAUGGGUUAUGCUCUAGGAGUUGAGGGGUAUAUAUGUAAAUCUUCCAUGUAUCAAAUAUUCCCGUCGAAAUUUCACGCAUCAUUGAAGCGGUGGAAUGACAGAGGCGCCGCAGGAGUUGCCGUCGCUGCCACUUACGACCACCACGCCGCAGACCCGACAACAUAAGCAGCGGGAAGAAAUGAUGAUGUGCGUCGCCGCCCUGGAGGCCGCUCUACUACCCUGUCUCCCCGCACGCGAGCUUCAAGCUGUGGAUCGCUCUGCUCACUCCUCUCACCAGAUUGACGUGGAGAGGCAUGCAAGGGAUUUCAUGGAAGCUGCAAAGAAGCUUCAGCUUUAUUUCAUAAGCCUACAACAUGAGGACCAGCCAACCAAAGAGGAAAUGCUGCGAAAGGAGAUUUCCGUUAUGGAGGAGGAGCUGAAAACCAAAUCCGAGCUGAUUAAGAAGCAAGAAGGCCUCAUUGUAGCUUGGAGAAAAGAGUUGAAAGAGCAGCUUGAGCGGCACACUGCAGAGUUGCAGAGGGUUUAAACUCGGAGCAAUUUCUGUUAAGGUUUGUCAAGCUUUUCUCUGAAGAUUUUCUACAGCAGAAGAGUAAGCCACUCUCUUUUCAUGCAAUUCUCUAGUAGAUGGUAGAGCAGAAUAUGCCCAUGUUUAGUACCUAUAAAUUAUCUGUUUUGAAGAUAUUUGUAAAAUUUCAUACAUGCUGGUGAACUUUUAUUGAACAAAGGAAAGUUAUUUAUCUGAAAAUGGU